AUGUCCUCCACGGUUGGUGCGCGGCAAUGGAACUCUACAUAUCCACCUACGCUGCCAACCCAUGCUCAGGCCAUUUACACUUCGUAUCACUCGCGAGCACGUACGGGUAGCACUCUGCUUAUGCAACCACUUGGCCUUGCCCCAGUUCCUCCGAAUCAUAACCCGACUCAGCCCCCACCAACGCUCACACAUGCAGCAUCUUUCGGUCCUUCUCGCCGAACUCGGGGUGGAGUCGUCAACUAUGCCGAAAUGGAGGAUGACGAAGAUGAGAACGUAGAUGUUGAAGGAGAGUCUUCGGGUCCAGCUCUGGUUGUGCCUACCGGCAUAUCGACUGGUUCAAGGACUAGUGGAGAGUUAGAUCGAAACUAUUUAGGCGCCAUACCCCCUGCAAAAUUUAUACAUCCACAAAAGGCCACUCGAAUUCAACAAGAAUAUUUCUCAGAGGCACGGCUUGCAGAAGCUGCUUCAAAACGUGCAAUCUAUAUCCCCGUUCGACUCGAACUCAAUACGGAGUCGCACCAAAUUCGGGACAGCUUUUUGUGGAACAUAAAUGACCAAGGCAAUAGUAUUCAAAAUGAAUCUGCCGAUGCCAACGCAAGGCAAACACACGUUGGUGUUGCCGAUCCCGACCAGGCUGGAAUCCAUCCUCGAGACCCGCGUAUUGAGGCAUUGCGUGCCGAGCUUCAUGGAUCUUCGCUUGUUUCUGGGCAGACUACACCUGGGACUGGUAUCGCUACAACAAGUAUCUCGACGUCUGCUGCGAGUCCAGCGAGUGAUGGCCAUGUUACUCCGGCUCCGAUUUCAGUCAAUAUUGAUGAUGAACUAGACCCGAUGAACGAUGAUGGACAGAAGAACCAAACUCUUGCGAAUGACGAUAAACAAGGCCUAACACCUGUUCUAGAACUCUCCCCCUCUAACUCAAAGUCUCAAGACAAACCUACCACAGCGGGCGAGACUGAAAAACACAGCGAGAGCGAUAGCGACUCGGAUUCGGAAAGUGAUUACGAAACCGACUCAGAAGUAGACGAGCCUGACUGUAGGGUGAUUGUCAAUCUUGACCUGCAAAUAUCCACGCACCAUCUACACGACCACAUAGAAUGGGACUUGACAUCUUCAUUAACGCCGGAGCAUUUUGCCCGAGUGCUUUGUGCAGAUGUUGGCCUCGCAGGAGAGGCAGUUUCACUCGUUGCUUGUGCCUUGCGUGAAGCAUUACUCAAGCACACAAAAGAUGCGCUCGAGGCGGGCUUAAUAGGUCCAGGAGCGCAUGACAGUCGCUCUGAGCCACUUGGGACUGCAGCGCGAAAGGAUGUGGGCCCGGAAACCUUACGCAGUAUUUUGAGGGAUUGGCAAGAUGCGGAAGAAUAUUUUCCCCGGCUGGAGCUACUCAGCGCCGAAGAACUUGAGCGCCGGGCGAUGGAACGCGAACGGGCUAUUAGGCGUAUGCGACGCGAGACUCAGCGCUGGGGACAGGCUAAUGUUAGCCGCAAGCGAUUUAGGGAACGAUAG